AUGCACAGAGGCCCAGAGACGAAAGACAAGGCAACAAGGGUAACGACUGAGCAAAGGGUCAAAUUAGGUGUGCAUACGGUAAAAAAGGUGGGACUUAGGUUGAGUAGGCGGUACCGAAGUCGAGAAAAGGAAUGCGUCGACGGCGAGAGUGCUAGAGAGGACAGAGCAGCAGCGUAUGCCGGUGGGCUGGAGAGACGGAGGCCAGAGGCUCAGAGAGAGGGACACGGACAAAUGGCUAAUGUAAUGCGUUGCGUUGGACGGUCAGCGACCGGGUGGGUUAUAUAUUUGCCCUUAAGCGCGUUUUGA